UUCGCCAUCAUAUGUCUCUGUGGCUGCGGCGAGUGGUCAGGGCGCAAAAUCACGACUCUAUUGACUAUUUUUCUGAGAUAAUUUACACACCUUACACUGCAUUAUUGGGUUACACGAUGGACUACAUUCGCUUACAUCAGUAGACCAUUUUCUAAACGGACCCUCUGUUUCGGCGCUGCAACAAAGCAAUGCGGAGCAAAUAAAAGAUUGUGUGGUGACACAGACACUCGAGAGUUUAGAUAAUGGGCUGUGUGCAAUGCAAGGACAAAGAGACGACUAAACUGACGGAGGACCGCGACAGUAGCAUCCCGCCGAGCGCCGCAGCCUAUCGCUAUGGCGCCGAUCCCACGCCGCAGCACUACCCCGCCGGCUUCAGCGUCACCGCCAUCCCCAACUACAACAACUUCCACGGGCCGGGCAGCCAGAGCAUGACCGUCUUCGGAGGGGUCAACACCUCCUCGCACACCGGCACCCUGCGCACGCGCGGCGGAACAGGUGUCACCCUCUUCGUGGCGCUGUAUGACUAUGAGGCUCGUACGGAGGACGACCUGACCUUCAGGAAAGGGGAGAAGUUCCAGAUCAUCAAUAGCACGGAAGGUGACUGGUGGGAAGCCCGCUCUCUGACUACGGGUGGAACCGGCUACAUUCCCAGUAACUACGUGGCCCCUGUGGACUCCAUCCAGGCUGAAGACUGGUACUUUGGCAAGCUGGGCCGCAAGGAUGCUGAGAGGCAACUGCUGUCCACAGGGAAUCCCAGAGGGACCUAUCUCAUCCGGGAGAGCGAAACCACCAAAGGGGCCUUCUCCCUGUCCAUACGGGACUGGGACGACGUCAAAGGGGACCACGUGAAGCAUUACAAGAUCCGCAAGCUGGACAGUGGCGGCUACUACAUCACCACCCGCGCCCAGUUCGAGACACUGCAGCAGCUAGUUCAGCACUACUCAGAGCGGGCGGCGGGGCUGUGCUGUCGCUUGGUGGUGCCGUGCCACAAGGGGAUGCCGCGUCUCACCGACCUGUCCGUCAAAACCAAAGACGUGUGGGAGAUCCCGCGGGAGUCGCUGCAGCUCAUCAAGCGCCUCGGCAACGGCCAGUUCGGGGAGGUCUGGAUGGGCACGUGGAACGGCACCACGAAGGUGGCGGUGAAGACCCUGAAGCCGGGCACCAUGUCCCCAGAGUCCUUCCUGGAGGAGGCUCAGAUUAUGAAGAAGCUGCGGCACGACAAACUAGUGCAGCUCUACGCCGUCGUCUCCGAGGAGCCCAUCUACAUCGUCACGGAGUACAUGGGCAAAGGAAGCCUGUUGGACUUCUUGAAGGACGGGGAGGGGCGAGGACUGAAGUUGCCAAACCUGGUGGACAUGGCUUCUCAGGUGGCUGCAGGUAUGGCCUACAUCGAGAGGAUGAACUACAUCCACAGGGACCUGCGCUCUGCAAACAUCCUGGUGGCAGACAACCUGGUGUGCAAGAUCGCCGACUUCGGCCUGGCCCGGCUGAUUGAAGACAAUGAGUACACGGCGAGACAAGGUGCCAAGUUCCCCAUCAAGUGGACCGCCCCAGAGGCUGCCCUGUACGGCAAGUUCACCAUCAAGUCCGACGUCUGGUCCUUCGGCAUCCUCCUGACCGAGCUGGUGACCAAGGGACGGGUGCCCUACCCAGGAAUGAACAACCGCGAGGUGCUGGAGCAGGUGGAGCGUGGCUACCGGAUGCCGAGCCCCCAGGACUGUCCCCUCUCGCUGCACGAGCUGAUGCUCCAGUGCUGGAAGAAGGACCCGGAGGAGAGGCCCACCUUCGAGUACCUGCAGGCCUUCCUGGAGGACUACUUCACAGCCACCGAGCCCCAGUACCAGCCCGGGGACAACCUCUAAACAGACGGGUUGGCUGGGGACCCACAUUUACUAUGUACCGUUUCUUCAAUUGAAAGAAAAAGAAACCCCAAUGAAAACAGCAUUUGAUUUCUCGUUUUUUUUUGUUUUUUUUCAACUCACUUUUCGAGUUUUCCCUGUCGGGCUGUGUGGAGACAGUAAACGAGAAAUCGAAUGUUGUUUUCGUUUUUUUUUUCCAAUUGCUACACGGGUUCACCUCUCCCCCUGCCACGCCAUCGCACCACGCCACCCAAGGCUACUUCCCUACCCUCCCUGCAUCUGUGCCCCCCCCCUCUGUGUCAGGCAGGUGGGCACCUGGGUGGGGGUGAGAGAGGAUGGAGGGCCACCAAGAAGGCUUGGAAAGGCUGGACUGCCAGCCAGCCAACCAAUCACCCCCCUCCCCAAGAACAAUCCCACGAACACUGAAUCCCCUCUGACCUGCCAUGCCUGUUAAGGGACGGACGUGUACAGAUUUCUGCCAUCCUCCAAAAAACAGUCCACCACUUAAUACAUACCACCUCGCUAAAUUCUCAGCUGCCAGACCACAGAGGAGCAUACACACACACACACACACACACACACACACACACACAC